AUGAAAGGAGUCGUCUGUUUCGCUCUAGUUUCGAGGCUGCUCUGGGCAUUUGUCAUCGGUGCCGACACAGAUGCAGCUGCAGGCGCUCCCGUGCUCAACAAUUCUCUUGUCAAAAGGGACACUCUCAAAGAUACAUUCAGGCGGCAUUGUACUAUGUGGUGGCUCGUUGUCAAGGAUCCUCCGCCAACGGACCCGGAAGCUUGUCCCUAUGAUUGCAAACAACGGAACAGAAAGUUCGAUGUUCUCCCUCAAGAACUCUAUCCCGCUGCACCAAAGGUUCUUCACUUGAAGGACAUCAAAGGUCACGGCGGCUACGAGAUAUGCUACCUUGUCCCAAUGACGCAAUUAUGUCCCAAUGGCGGCGGCUGGGGGCAGAACUGGUUCCAUGUUCAGUACAAUGGAGCAAAGUAUGGUGUUGCUUGCAGCAAAGACAGGGCCCACACGCCCCAUCGAGCGCCACAUACGGCCAAGGUGCAGGUGGCGUGGCGUAAUUAUCAUCAGAGUUGGUUCAAGGAACCACCUGUGUGUCGAAGAGUUUUGAUUGUUUUCAAGUGA